CGCAGAAUUCCGUUCGAGCUCUCGAUAUUUGUGUUUCGAUCUCUCGCCGCUCGCCCCCCUCUAGGUUUAACCUGCGUUGAUUAUCUGAAUUGCGCCUCUUGUGGUCCGAGUCUCGGUACAGUUUCGUUUCCUCGGGUGCUCGCACGGGCCUCUCUCGUAGAAUUCGUCUUUCUACUCCAACGACUACCUCACAUUUAUGCGGUUCAAUUUUUGCUUGAAGUGCUCCGUUUCUCAGCGUGCUGCCUCUGCCGCUGCAGUUUGGUUGUGUGCCUCCUGUGCCCACUGUGUUAGGACGAGGCCUUAAUUUGGUUGUACUCGUGAGGUUGUACUUUUUAGUCUCAUUCUUUCGAAUUUUGUUACAGUAGAGGUGACGCGUUGUGGUUAGAUGCGGAGCUGGCGCUGCUUUUUCGUGAUGAUAGUAAGGAGUUAUUUCUAGAGGAGGAAUGCGCGUGCUUGUGUUUUCCGAAUUCUAGCCUGAACCCAGGGGCCCUCUUUCAGUUCCCUCGUAUGCCUCUUGGAAAAGGAUUUUUGGCUGGCAGCUCUCGCAAAGACGGUUUUGUUGUCGUUGUGAGGAGUUCAGGGCAUCGGGGAAAAAGAUAAAGACAUAAGUAACGACCAUGGGGAUAUAUGACGGCGAUGCUGCCUUUUCGGAUUUGUAUAAUAUCUGCUACACCUCUAGGGAUGAUACUUUUGCUGAUAUCCACAACUUGGACCAGUGCAUUGAUUUCCUCAACCAGUCUUUAGAAACAUGUGGCUUUCCCUCCAGCCUAGAUCUUAAUUCCAAUGAUCCUGCUUCAAUCGCUAGGACAUGCAAUUGCUUGUACGCUUUGGUUCAGCAGCGGCAACGGGACGUCGAGUAUCGUCUCACAGUCGAUGAGGAAAAGAAGAGGUUGACGCUGAAUGUAGCAGAGCUUGAAGCCAAGGUUAAGAGCCUUACUGAGCAACUGGCUAUCAAGGAACGUGAAUUUCUAGUUAUCACCAGCAAGGGUUCUGAACCUCAACAAAUGCCUCAUAGAUCUUGGCCCAGCCAGAUUGUAAGUCAUGCUCUGCGUCAGAAUGAAAAUGAAGCGGCAGUAGAGGAGAAGUUAAAGGUGGAUAACCAUAUGCGACAAUGGCAAGAGUUGAAGCCUAAGACACCUGUCAAAAUUGUCCCUCCUCAUAGCCCCUUGCCCCCUAAGACGCCCACACAUGAUCGGUUGUCCUCAUUUUCUCCUUCCACCAAGUCUGUGAAAAGAACAUUCGGACUGGGUAUCGACUGCGCCUUCACAACACCUCGAUCCAGAUUUUCUGAGAAUGCUGGAGCAAAAGUUCUACAGUUUGAUGCCUUAGUGACUGCACAGAAAAGUAACGAAAGACUGAUGAAAGCGCCGGACUUCGAGUUCAAGAAGCCAAAGGACAACGUGGAGGACAAGGUCUCGAGCACCGCCGAGGACUUAAUCGUACCGUGCUCCGGGUCUCUCAAACUUCCGGACGAGAACAUAUUUCUCUCUCCUCAUAUCCAAUAUGACAAUCCAAUGUUCCAAGAUGAGUCGCCCCCUUUAAGUGAAAGAUUGAAGAGUCUGGAAAUUAGUAUGCGAGCCCUGUCACCCAUCUCUAUGAACGUCGAGCCUCUGCAGGCCAGGAACGAAUGUACACCUUGUAAACUCAGCCACGUUACAAUGAAGAAUUUGGACUUUGAAAACAUUAGAUGCAGAACUCCUGAACCUGCACUGACCAUGCAAGAAGAAAGUCCUUCUACUGCGACUUUCGUGACAGACUUCACUCUAGCUACUACCACUACUUCAGAAUCAUUAACACCGUUUCAACAGUUCAAGCACAAGAACCCAGACUUACAGAUGACACUCGUAAAGCAAUACCUCAGAGUGCUCAACACAGCAACUAGGGAGGAGCUCUUGCAGCUUAAGGGAAUCGGGCCUAAGAGGGCAGCUGAUGUAAUAGAGUUGCGGCAACAAUGUCUGGAGCCAUUCAAGGAUCUACAGGAUUUGAAGAGCAUUGGACUUAGUGAGCGACAGGCAUAUGCCAUGUUCAACAACAACAUCGUCGAGAAGGUCAUCUUCCCUUCAUCUUGAAGUUUAUGUGUGCAACUUAGGAUUCCAAUGCUCAUGAGAAAGAACAUUGGGAAGACGGUUCCAGAACAAGGAACUUCCCUGUUAUAAUCUGAAUAUGCCCGUGUCUACAUCUUGUAGGUGAAUUUCUCAUGAUGUUCCGACGUGCUGUAUUUGUUUUACUCACCGAAAUCCUCAGUUGAACAACUUUGGAGUUCUAUACGCAAUAAUGAUCAAUGUCGACCAUCCCUAGGCUUUUUUGCAUA